AUGGGUUUGUUUUGGUACAGUGAGGAGAAUUUGCAUUUCGAUUACGGUUAUUUCGCACAAGCUGUCGAUUUCCUUCACCGCUUCAAAUGGAUCUUUUGCUACAGCAACACUCAGUUCGUUCGGAAAGGCGUGCUGGAUCAAAUUCCCCCAGAAUGGAUCAGUAAUUUGGCCUGCGCAUCGAACGAUGAAUUUAACCGCAUUCCGUUCGGAUACGUUGCUGAUAGUUGGUGCGCGUCUUUGCGUAGUUUUCUGGCGGAACGCAACCGCUUGCUAAUCGAGUACGACCAGCACGAUUCCGGUGUGUCUGUUAGCAAGCCACGCAAAGGAAUCGGCCAAAAAAAGUGGUAUGAAAUCGAGAGCCUCUCGUCGUUCAUUGGAAAGCUCAUUACGGAUGAGCGCACAACUGUGGUCGAUUUCGGGAGUGGAUUGGGUUACUUGAGUCAACACAUUCACGAACAGCACCGAUUGAAAGUUCUCGGUAUCGAAGGCAGUAAGCGGCUGGUAGAAACGAGCCAGCGCCGCCAAGAAGAGCUCUACCCAGCGUCCAAAGAUGCCGUACAGUUUGUGGACCACUUCAUCACUGAGGAUUCUCUCCCGUACAUCGAGCAGCAGAUUGCGGACCGCUUCUCAACCGACCAUCCGCUCCCGAUGGCGAUCGUUGGGCUUCACGCGUGUGCCGAUCUUUCGAUCACCGCCAUGCGACACUUUCUGCACUGUCCCUCGGUACGGAAGCUGAUCAUAAUGCCGUGUUGUUACCACAGAAUGAAACCGCUGGCUGACGGGGAAACGUUCGUGAACGUACCCGUCAGCAACGAACUGCGGAAGGCGAUGGCAAACGGGAAAAGUGACAUCAUCUGUCGACCCUUCCUGCGCCUAGGUUGUCAGCAAACGGCCGCACGGUGGAAGGAGACUACCAGCGAAGAUCAUCUGCAGCAUGGGAGGAUCAUGUUCCAGCGCGGGCUGGUGGACGCAAUAUUAGAGAGUGGCGAAUCGGUAAAGAUGCUCAAAGGCAAGCCCCUGGUGUCAAGCGGCACGACGGUGGAUACAAUUUUCCAGCGAUUCGCGCUUCAGAAUGAGUGUGACGGUCCUACCAGCUGGACGGAGAGACAUCGAGAACGACUCACCAUUCUCCUACGCCGAUACCCCGACGGAGAUCGUAUCUCUGAGUAUCUGGAGUGUCUUCAAACGUGCCUUCAGGCCAUUUGCGAAAACCUCAUUCUGUUGGAUCGAAUGUGCUACCUGGAGAGGAUGAGUGACAAGCAUGGGACAAGAAUCCGACGGAAUCUCAUUCGACUGCGAGACGAUGGAUUGUCCCCUCGGUGCUUCAUUUUUUACGCAGCCAAAGAAGGUGGCCCCGAUGAAAGAAAACCGCCGAACGCUUCGUUUGUAUCAAGUUCCCAGGUUCAAUCUGUAAGCCCCUGAGAUUGAGGAAUAUACAGAAGUUA